AUGUUUUGCGCCAUCUCGGGAGAAGCACCUGAAGAGCCUGUUGUCUCUGUCAAAUCAGGUCAUCUGUUUGAAAAACGACUCAUUGAAAAGUACAUUGCGGAUCACGGCAAGGAUCCCAUCACUGGUGACGAGCUUACAAACGAUGAUUUGGUGUCUGUCAAAGCCAAUCCUGAGACGGUGCGACCGCGACCACCCAAGUUGUCUUCUGUUCCUUCGCUGUUAUCAUCAUUGCAGAACGAGUGGGAUAGUGUCAUGCUCGAAUCCUUUACUUUGAAGCAACAAUAUCAGCAAGUAAGACAAGAGUUGUCCCAUGCCUUGUACCAAAACGAUGCAGCAACGCGUGUUAUUGCUCGUCUCAAGAAGGAACGCGAUUCUGCACGAGAGGCACUUGCCAACGUUCAAGCUCAUCUGGGUACUACUGCCGCAGCAGCACCUGCACCUGCUGCAGAGGAAAGCGACAAGGGAGCUAUGGAUGUCGAUACUUCAGCAUUGCCAAGUGAUGUUGUCAACAAGAUCAAUGAGACAAGUGAGAGUCUUUCACAAGGUCGCCGAAAGAGAAAGCCACCAACUGAGCACACAUCUAUCGACGCUAUCAAGACCUUCACUGAGACAUCUACUAUUCCUUCCAUGCACUCGGCACGUUCCACUGGUAUCACUGCCGUUGAUUUGGAUCACAGUGGUCAAUUGAUUCUUACGGGUGGCAAUGACAAGCAUGUGCAAAUUUACAACAAGGCCGAGGAAAAGGUAUUGGCCAAUCUCACUGGUCAUACCAAGAAGGUUACUUGUGUCAAAUUCCGUGGUCAAGAGGUCGAGCAUGAUGUUGCAUUGAGUGCUAGUGCCGACAAGCAUGUGCGUGUUUGGGUGCCUGGUGGAAGCAAGGGUUAUCAUGUCGGUCACAACAUUAACGCGCAUGCUGGUGAGGCAACUGGUUUGGCUGUGCAUCCUAGCAAGGAUUACUUUGUCAGCUGUGGUUUGGAUAGCAAAUGGUCAUUCUAUGAUUUCGACUCUGGCAAGUCCAUUGUUGAUGCUGUUGAUCCCGAAUACACUUCAGGUUACACUUCUAUUCAAUUCCACCCUGAUGGUAUGAUUUUGGGUGCUGGUACCGUUGACUCUGCUGUUCGUAUUUGGGAUGUCAAGUCUCAAUCCAUUGCUGCCACCUUUGGUGAACACACUGGCAAGGUCAAUGCUUUGGCCUUCUCCGAGAAUGGUUACAUCCUUGCUACUGCUUCUGAAGAUAACAUUGUCAAGAUCUGGGAUCUCCGAAAGUUGAGCAACACCAAGUCUUUCACUUUGGAUGAUGGUUUCAAGAUCAACUCGCUUUCAUUUGAUCACUAUGGUCAAUACUUGGCUGUGGGUGGUUCUGGUGUUCGUAUCCUCAAGGCCAAGGAUGGUUCUUCUUUGGCUUCCUUCAAUGACAACACAGCUGAUAUUACUGGUGUCAAGUGGGCAUCGCCUAUGGCUGAUUCUCUUUUGGCUGCUGGUCUUGAUCGUACUAUCCGGUAUUACAGCGCACCCAAUUAG